CAAGAUGAUGGAACUCAAAACAAAAAGAAAAAGAAACCCACUCCGAGAAAUUCGUUAAAGGCUCGAUUUUUCCUCGAACUUUUUCCCUUGAAACUCGUAAUCGAAGUACCGCCUCUACUGUGGGUCUGUGACGCUUGUAAUCUUGGUCACAACCAUCACCCUCGAUUUUUGAAUGCUAGACAUGUGCCGAAUCAAUAGAAAACUUUCACGUACGAUUUUGGGGAUGUGCCGUGGUGUUAUCGGUGCUUGCUCUUGUGGUAGAUCGCUUUUGUGCAUUAAAAAUGGGCGAUAGAGGGGAGGGUCAGGAAAAGUACUAGCGGGUUUUCCGGUACAAGGACGAAUAAGGAAAAGCUGAUUCCGUGACACGUGGAUUUACAUUGAGCGUCGGAUGAUACUACAGUGACUGGGGAUUCAACAAUCCAGAUGGGAUUCAUUGAAACUGGAAGAGGACUGUAGACAAAUGUCCAGUGAUAAUGAUAGGAGUGUUUUUCUUCUUUUCUUUGGGUAUCUCUCUCUCUCUCUCUCUCUCAAACGCACAGCCAAAAUUACGAACUCAGUUGUAUGGUAGAAAGUGAGAGAGAGAGAGAGAGAUGUUAGUUGUCAUAAAUUAAAUGAGGUUAAAGUGUGUUAAGUAGUAGCAGAAUGGGGUGCAGUUACCAUGGCGGCGUUGCAGAGCUCUAACUCCGUGUCAGUAUUAUUGCUUCCAUCAACGGAAGAGAAUUGAAACUCUGAUUCCGUGAGGUAAAACCCUCGUCUUCCUCUGUCUUUUACCCUAAAAAAAAGAGGUUGAAAAUCCUGCCCGCAAAAGCUGCAAAAUCCCCCCCACAACAAAGAUCACACGCACUCUUAGUCAGAUUCGGAAACAAAACCAAGGUCAAAACCAACGGUCACUUAAUUAGAACGUCCCACACCAAGGCGAUCACAAUUCGAACCAUCGAUUGAGUUCCCAGAAAUCAACAAUCGCUGGUCUUCAUGAAUCUGGUUGUUACUUGUUGACGCCAACGUUCUGCUAUGGAUUUUUGGUCAAAAUUGAGGCCAGUCGUCUCGGGUUUUGGGUGCAAGAAAUGGCUGGGUUUUUCUAUCUAGGUGGACGAGAAGGCCCACAAAACAAACAGGAGGAAGAAGAGAAGCAAGAGAAUAGCCAAUUCUUGUACAGAAACGAGGAGAUCUACAACAAAGGGUUCGAGAUAUGGCCACAAUACUAUCAGCAGCAGCAGAACAUGAGCAACUACUACUCGUUUGGAGUGGGUCCUAGUCGAAGAAACCUCAACAGCGUCUCUGAUGAGUCGUCUAGACCCGGAUUAACGUUGAUAAGGCAAGGAGGAGUAGGAGGAGGCAUGAAUUGCCAAGACUGUGGUAACCAAGCAAAGAAAGACUGUGCCCAUCUCAGAUGCAGAACUUGUUGCAAGAGCCGAGGGUUUCAGUGCCAAACCCACGUUAAGAGCACUUGGGUCCCUGCAGCCAAAAGGCGCGAGCGGCAAGAACAACUCGCAGCUUUACAACAACAACUACAGCAACAGCAAGAUCAACAUCAAGAACAACAACAACACUUUCGAGGAGAGAAUCCCAAAAGGCAGAGAGAAAAUCAAUUAGGAGCGGCCCCUCUUUCUUGCACUCGUAUACCCAACACCACGUCAGGGUUGGAACGGGGACCAUUCCCAGCUGAGGUGAACUCGCCUGCAGUCUUCCGCUGUGUGAGAGUAGGCGCAAUGGAGGAUCCGGACGAGCAGUACGCGUAUCAAACGGCUGUAAACAUUGGAGGACAUGUUUUCAAGGGAAUUCUCUAUGAUCAAGGCCGCGAAGAUCGUUACACCACAGCCGGAGAGAGUUCCUCUGGUGGCGAUGGAGGCGGAGUUCAACCGCUAAAUUUCAUUACGGCAGCCACCACCACAGCAACCACUAGUACCCCAUCUGCAACGUUGCUCGACCCUUCACUAUUUCCAGCUCCACUCAAUGCUUUCAUGGCUGCUUAAUUAUCACUGAAGGAUCAUAUAUAUUGUGCUGCAUUUGAUCAAGGGCUUCAAAAUGCAUUCAUGAUACGCAGAGAAUGAAUAUAUAUAUAUAUAUAUAUGAAUUGCAUCAUUCGAAGAGAUAUAUAUGGUCAAGAACCUCUUGAAGUUACAUGAAAUAAGACCAUAAUGGUGAUUAUAAAGCGUUUAUAAUUCUCUAUCUUCGUACAUGUAAAUUAUAUUCACUUUAGGUCAACAAAGCAUUCCUGCUGAAAUUGAGGAUUAAAGGUGUCGUUAAUUGUUUUAGUUGCUUUUGUAUUUUU